UUGAGCCCUUUCUUCUACCCAUUAGGCCAUUACACAAGCUCGUAUAUCCAAACCCCAGAGGCCCAGACCCAGGCUCUCCCAGCCCAGCUGCUCCACCUUGUGAGGAGUCCUCCCAUGUCAACGCGGCUCAGCUCCGCGAAGAACUCGCAGCCGCCGCGCUCCUCCUCCGACAGGAUGGACGCGGCGAUCCAGGAGCUCAGGAGGGGAACCAGGCUGGCGGAUCUGCUCAGGCAGCAGGUGGAGCUCAUCCCGGAGCUUGAGCGACGCCACGCAGCGGUGGCCAACGUGGGCGAGAUAUCCACGGCGAUGGAGUCGUCGCUCUCCCUCCUCCAGUCUGAGAUGGAGCGCCCCCCCUCCCCUGAGGUCGAGGCGGUGGCCAUGGCAGCCUGCUCCUCCGAUGGAGGCACCGGAGAAAGAAAUGGCGCCGUCGCCCGUGCAAGAAGGAUGAGGCACCGGCGAGGCAGGCAUGGAGCUGAGCUCCCAAUGAAGGAGAUAUUGACUGAGGCACCAGAAAACGAUCGUUUCCACUGGAGGAAAUAUGGUGAGAAGAACAUCCUCAAUGCUGAAUAUCCAAGGUUAUACUACAAAUGCGGUUACAGUGAUGACCACAAGUGCCCAGCAAAGAAAUACGUUCAGCAGCAAAGCAACAGCGGCCCUACUCCACUUUUCAUGGUCACCCUGAUAAACGAGCAUACGUGCGAGACUUUGUUCCCGAACGAUCCCUGCUCAAGCAGCAGUAGCGCUUCGCAGGUUCUCGACUUUACAAAGGCAUCGCUUUCUCCUCCAGUAAUGGCCGCCGCUGCCCCAGGGCUGAAGAAAGAGGAAGAAGACAGCAUGUCUGUGUCUAUGCACAGGCAGCACAGCUAUCCGUAUGAUGAGUACCUGUCUUCUUCGUUUCCAACGAUGUCGCCAGAUGGAGAUCAUCAGGUCAAAUUUUCCCCGGGGCCCGGGUGGUAGCAGUCUAAUAAGUGAGUGAGAUACACCUACCAGUUUACUGUAUUUUUCAAGCAGCUAGUCGAACCAUAAUAAUCUAGUAGCGACUCAUGCACGGCAAGAGUUAGCUUAUUAUUAGCACCAACUAUGCAUAAAUAUGCAUGUGUGGUGUUAACCUGUAGUAACAGCUGUUUCUUAGAUGGAUAUGCAUGGUCGUUUCACUUUGGAGUUGUUGGACAUAUAUAUACUGUAUCUCUUAUUGGCACAUUUCUAGCGCCACCAAAAAUAACCUUUUUGUAUUUGAUGAUGUACCCAUGUUUACAGCAGAUCAGACAAUACAGCUCUAUUUGCACAA